CACAGGCUGGGACGCAGGCUGGCUUCUUCCUCUCACAGGUGUGUUGACUACUGGAUGCCAGUCAAACUCGCAGGAGCCGAAGUAGAUGUACAGGUUAUCACGUGACUAAACUGCUGACCCUUGACCCUUGAGCCGCCCUGUGUGUCGGGUUGGAUAUCAGUUUGAAAAUGUACGGACACAUACACGUCGUCAUCAAAGACCUCGUCACUUCAAGCUUUGGACAAGAAUCGUGGGAAAGAAUUCUGGAGGAAGUGAAAAUGAAUGAGGUUGGAUCACUUUCUUCAGUUUGAUUACUUCGGUGAUGAAAUAACGGUCGGCCUCAUCAUGGCCGCCAGCAAAUGUCUCAACCUGCCGCUGAACACGGUGCUGGAGGCGUUCGGCGACUUCUUCCUGAAGCACUGCCUGCAGAACGGCUACGACAACAUGCUGCGCACCCUGGGGCGCGACAUGAAGUCCUUCAUCCAGAACCUCGACUCCCUGCACGCGCUGCUGACCCUCACCUACGACAAACUGGUGGCGCCCUCUUUCAGAUGUCUGUCCAACCCUGACGGCACUCUGACACUUCAUUACUACAGCUGUCGCCACGGUCUGUCCGACAUCGUCAAGGGUGUUCUGCGAGCUGUGGGUAGCGAGAUCUUCAACCAGAGCGUGCGCCUGGAGCUGGUGUCCACGGAGCAGAACGACCUCGGCGGUGGGCGGAGCCAGGAGCACAGCGUCUUCAUCGUCCAUUUCCUGGACGACACGGGUCGCCGAGAAGCAACAGGUGGCGCCACUGUUGUCUCACAUGCGGAACGGAGAGUCUCUCAGCUCGGACACAAACCUCGAGAAAAGAUGUCGCUCUCUGGAGACCUUUUCUGUGAAAUGUUCCCGUACCACGUGACCUUCGACGAGAAUCUCAUCAUCCUGCAAUGCGGCGACAUUCUCGAGAGCAUGCUGGGUGUUCCUCUCGAUAAGUCGCCCCUGAUGUCGGACGCCUUCCGGGUCAUAUAUCCACGCAUGUCCUUGACCUUAGCCAACAUCAGGCACUUCAUCAACUCCAUAUUCGUUCUCGCUGUCCUCCCCAAAGACGGCAAGGGGACGUCCUUGAGCAUGAAAGAAUAUGUUAUGAAGGGUCAGAUGAUGUGGCUGGAGGACCUCAACCGCAUGAUGUACAUCGGCUCGCCGUUAAUUACGUCACUGAAGGAGAUGAAAGAAAUGGACUUGUGUAUGGCCGACAUUCCGCUCUUUGAUGUCACAAGGGAGAUAAUCCUUCUCUACGAGCAAAGGGCAGCAGAAAUCGGAAUCACGCGCACUCUGGACCUGACGACUGCGGAGCUGAAGCGGACGUCGAAGGCGCUGGAGCAGGAGAGACGCAAGACGGAGCAGCUGCUGCAUCAGAUGCUGCCACCCAAGGUGGCCGGCAAACUCAAGAACGGCGAGAAGGUGGACGCUGAGACCUUUCAGCGCGCCACCAUCAUGUUCAGCGAUGUGGUCACCUUCACCAACAUCGCUGCCGCCUGUCCGCCGGAGAAGAUCGUCAAUAUGCUCAACGACAUGUACCUGCGCUUUGACAACGCCACCACCAGGUGGGACGUGUACAAGGUAGAGACGAUUGGUGACGCCUACAUGGUGGUGAGCGGAGUGCCUGAGCGCACCAAGGACCACGCUCAAAGAGUGGCUCGCUUCGCCAUUGACAUCGUGGGUGAGGCCGCUCAGGUGACGUCACCAGCCACCGGCAAGCCGCUGCAGAUCCGGGUGGGCAUCCACACAGGGCCCGUGAUGGCGGGUGUGGUGGGGGUCAAGAUGCCACGCUACUGUCUGUUUGGCGACACCGUCAACACCGCUUCCCGCAUGGAGAGUCACGGCAUACCCGGCCGAAUCCACCUCAGUCCCGCCACCUUCCGGUCCUUGAAGAACAUUGGCUUUACGUUUAAGCGUCGAGGUGAAGUCGACAUUAAGGGCAAAGGUCGCAUGGUGACCCAUUUCCUCAUUAGCGACGGCGAACGCGAUGUUCUGGAGCCCAGUGAUUCCUUCACUGGCCACCCGGUUCUGACAGACAGCGACCUGAUCCUCGACGACACGGGCGACCUGUACCCGGACGACGACGUGGAGGAGGGCGACCACAAGCACCCGCGCGAGAGCGGUGACGGCAGCGAGAUUCAGCUGGACGAGGCGGCCAAGCAGUCCACCCACUUGAACGGAAGUGGCUCGGGGCUGCAUGAAAGCGCGGAGAACGCUGGGAACGGAAGUCAGGUGCGCAUGGUGAAGCCGGACUACUCAUUUCUCGCUGACUCCACAGACCUGCUGACGAUGAGAGCGGAAACGGGUGCCCAGCUUUGUGAAGUCACGCAACCACCCGAAGUUUCGGAUCACCCACAAAGCAGGAGCAGCAGGACCUGCCUUCUUCUCUGAUGUCUUUGUGCAAAACUGGAGACAACAGGCGUGUGUCCAGCUUCGUUGUUAUGUAACUGUACUAGGAAACGUUCAGCGCUUUGUGACUGGUUCUUUAGCGAUGUGAAACUUCCGGUUCGGUUGUAACCCAACCUUCAGCACAAGUCUACUGUAAGCGUCCUGGGAGAGGUACACGAAUAUGUUGCUGGGUAGCCAAGAAUGUAAUUAUCACCGUGCGAAAUAUCACAUGCUGUAGACAACAGACAAAUAUAGAAAAUACGUGUGAAAAUAUGUAUCUUCAUUAACUGAGUUCUGACGGAUUCGUUUUCUCAUCAUAAUAUUUACUCAUGCAGAUUACAAUAAUUUCAAAUUAUGCAACUAUGAACUGUGUGUGCGAACUCUAGCCUGAUCAAAGCACAUAAGAAUUAUGCCCUUCUCCAGACCGGCUAUCGAUGUCUUCUCUGAUGGGUACAGCGUACAACAGAAAAAUAAUUAUUACUUUAAUUUCUUCUUGUAGUUUCCUUGACAACUGUUUUUCGUAUGAAGAAUUCACUCUUCUAGUGAGACAAAAAGACAAAAGACAAAAAGCUAUUCGUGAGAAUAGGCUAAGAGGUGUCCGGAGAAUAUAUGUGUAUACACAGAGUAUAUAUGUGCAUAUAUACAUAUCUAGAGAGAGUUCUUUUACGCGAUACGAUCAUGUAUGUGUCAUCCCUCACACAUCCUUUUUCUAUGUCUGAGUGUGAAUUCGUUGUUAUUGUCUGUUAAUUAAUAUAAGAAGGUGGAUGAUGAAUGAAUGGCUUGAGCUUGGAGCUACUGGAGCUCGCACACCAGGCACAACAGCACCUUUACCUCCAGUUGACUUCACCCUUGAGGGGAUAUAUAACCCUUACAGUUGUUGUUGUUGUUGUUGUUGUUGUUGUUGUUGUUGUUGUUGUUGUUGUUGUUGUUGUUGUUGUUGUUGUUGUUGUUGUAGGCUUGAAAGAGUCAUCAACUAUCAGAUUCAUAUAUGUAGCCCUCCAAACAUAUCAAUCUUUACUUUUAUUAUAUACUGCCUGUAUGUUUUCACUUUACGGAUGUGUUGAUAUGAAACUGUUCCAAACCUUUAUACUUUGUGUAUAAGUUCUCUGUCCAUUACCGUAACUAUCAUAUCAACUAAAGGGACAAAUUAUUAACUAUAUCUUUUAUUUUUGCCAGUACAGACUACCAGUCUGUCGCAAAAUAUUUGUGAGGCAUUUCUACAUCCAAAAAAAAAAAUUUAACUUUUCAUGUUUUCCAAAAUAUAUUAUUUGUGCAACAUAAAAUGAAUACUUAUAGCAUAAAGAGCCACUAGUAUUUCUACAUUAAAUAAAAUUUUCACAAUGAAAUGCUGAUCAAUUCCUCUGGUAACAUAAUUGUUAGAUGAUCUUUAUUCUUGCCGUCUCCUUUACCACCGCUCUCAAGAAUGGUAUCCUGGUCUUUUUUUAAGUUUUCUGGAAGGCUCGACAAGUAAGCUUGUCUCCUGUUUUAGAUUGUAUAGGCCCCAUACCUCCAUCGUUUUUCUUUUAUUAUUGUUAUAAUUAUAAGUAAAAUUGUUUUAUUCAGGGGAAACCACCUCUGAGUUUUCCAUUCUUUCAUUAGUGUAGGUUACUCCCCUUAUACCACUCGGAAUUAGUUUAGCUGACUGGUGGGUGAAGGUGCAUAAUUAUUACUGGCAAGGUUAAAAAGUUACUUUAAAAAUAGAAUAAAUAAAAGGACAAAUAGAAUUCACAUUCUACUUUUUCAGAUGAAAGCACUACCAAUUUUCUACGCACUCCCUUCAAUGGCUGUGAAUUACACCUAAAAAAGUCCGUUCGACUUUGUAUUUUAAAGAAAGUGCUACUCCAAAGUGAGACUGACCAAAAAAAAAAAAAAGGAGAACUUGCGGACUACCCGCGGUAGCCUGUGCGUCAAAGAAGUCCAAUUCACCUGUAUCCCGAGUUUAAAUCUAAAUCAAAAAUUUUCUCUGCAAUAGCGACAAGGGCUUUCCCGCUACACAAGGCCCCUCGCUCCACAACGAACGAACAAAAGUUCAUUAAAAUCAAGUCUCUGGAACAUCGUAGUCUUUUACACGUUUUGAAUGCUACAGAUGCUGGAACCAGCAGACUAGACCAAAUCUCACUCGCUCAAACACACACACACACACUUAUUCACACAUACUCGCUUA